AACCCGGCCAAGGGAGCAUGACAGCCCUGGACGGCGGCGGACGAGACUGCAGACGGCGCUGCCAGCAGCUGGCUGGGACGAGGAGCGCCCGGCUGGGAGAGUGAACACCCCUGGCCGGCCCGGCUGCCACUUCCUCCAGCGCCUCCUUCUCUAGACUGUUAACUCCGCGGACGCCUGGCUUUUUCUUCGCCUCGAAUAUCAAUAUGUGUCAUGUCAUUGUCACCUGUCGCUCGAUGCUCUGGACCCUCUUGAGCAUUGUGGUGGCUUUUGCCGAGCUCAUUGCCUUCAUGAGCGCAGACUGGCUCAUCGGGAAAGCCAAGACGCGCAGCCACGCGGAGCCGGAUGAGCCGAGCGGGGGCCCCUCGGAGCCCCACCACCCCACCUUGGGCAUCUACGCCCGUUGCAUCCGGAACCCCGGGAUGCAGCACUUCCAGCGGGAGACACUGUGCGGGCCCUACGCUGAGAGCUUCGGGGAGAUUGCCAGCGGCUUCUGGCAGGCCACGGCGAUUUUCCUGGCUGUGGGCAUCUUCAUUCUCUGCACCGUGGCCUUGGUGUCCGUCUUCACCAUGUGUGUCCAAAGCAUCAUGAAGAAAAGCAUUUUCAAUGUCUGCGGGCUGUUGCAAGGAAUCGCAGGCCUGUUCCUCAUCCUCGGCCUGAUCCUCUACCCCGCUGGCUGGGGCUGCCAGAAGGCCGUGAGCUACUGUGGACACUAUGCUUCAGCCUACAAGCCUGGAGACUGCUCCCUGGGCUGGGCCUUUUACACCGCCAUCGGGGGCACGGUCCUCACCUUCAUCUGUGCUGUCUUCUCUGCCCAAGCAGAAAUCGCCACUUCUAGUGACAAAGUCCAGGAAGAGAUCGAAGAGGGGAAAAACCUGAUCUGCCUCCUUUAGUUGGGAAGAGAGGGCCGCACCUUUGACUUCCUCGUGUAACCUUGUGAAUCAGUCCAUCCCUGGUUUCUUCGUUUGUGUCAAGUGGAAAAUUAUUCUUGUCCCUACCAAAGCCACAGGACACAGCCCUGAGCCUUAACAGGACCAUUGAGAGGCAACACGUCCAGCAGGGCCACAGUGCAAAGGAUGGAAGCUGGAAGAGGACAUUAAACUCUGCCACAUGCUCAGCGCCAGCAAUGAUGAAGGAGGAGAAUUCCAGCUGCGAAAACUGCAGCUUUUCUGCAUACAGGCCCCUAUGAGCCAGGCCAGCAGGAAGGACUUCUGAUACAUGCUCAUGUGCUCGUGAGUCCCAAGUGCUUGUGAAUCGCAAUCUCUCCCACCGAGACGACACAAGGCCUCCUGCUUCACUGACCAAAGGGGUUCGCAGGGAUACUGGGGGCAAACUUCAUGGCUGGACCCAUUGGAUCAGUCCCUCAAGGUGUAUCAGCAGAUGGUCAUCCCAGAAUUGUGAAAUUUGAGUCGAGAAAGACCUGUCAGAUGAGAGUCCAAGCACAGAAUCCUGCUGGGGAAGGGAAAGUCCUUC